AGUUGCCAGUGCGUGCGCCCAAGAGACUGAAAGUUGACACAUCGCGAAAGGGAUUGGCGCGAAUGUUUUUGUUAAGGCUGUUCAGUCUAAGUAAAUACUUCACUCGUCUUCGUUCUUUCAGAUAUCAUGCGUGUAAUGGUAAUGUGUUCGUUGUUUGAUCCUAAUUCUUGAUUCAUUUUCUGGACAGUAAUGAUAAUGAAUAAAAUUGCGCAGGGAAGGACUUCAGAUGAGCGCUAGCUGCACCACCUGUUAGCGGCACAAGGUAGCUAUUUCAACAUUUUCUUCAAAUCUAAUUUCUUCUGCGAACACUUGUAGACGCGACGAUGAAGAAAGCGAUGCCGGCUCGGACUCCUGGGAUGAUGCAGAAGGCACGGGCACGAGUACGGGCAGAAGUACUACUGGUUUCAGACGAAAGCCGCGCGUUCUUCAUUUUUACAGUUCUGCCAACCGAAGGCUUUGGUGCUACAAAAAGGCGCGAGAGAUACUUGACAAACUGCAAGAGGUAGAGGAUGUGGUGACGUCUUCCGCCUCCCCUCUAUGCGUACAGGGAGAUGGAGUAGUAGAUGAUGCAAAAGUUGUAUCUCGACAACAUGACGUUGUUGGUGACAUGGAGAAAGUAGAUCUCGAAGAAGUAGGUGAGGAUUGUGAUGCAGAUUUUGUGGCACCGUUGGCAUCAUCCUCACUCCCUACUACACCAGCCAACGUAGCUAGAGGGACCAGUGAGGACCCUUCACCAGCAUCCACAACAGCACCGUCAACAGCUCCGUCAAUUCGCACUCAAAAAGAAGAUCUUAAAGAUGAAGAACAAUUACAUACAUCCGCGACGCCUAGUACUUUGAAUGUAAGAGGCUGCCGCUUGAGUUACAUUCCUGUAUGUAUUCACACGACCUCCUUAUGGGAUUCGGCUUUUGCAGCUCAUCGGGAACGCCUAGAAGAAAUGUGGGCUCAUGGCAGUGACGGCACUAAAAUCAUGGUUCGAGGCACGAAUCUAGAAGCACUCUCAAAGCCGCAAGUUGGAGGGGGGUGAGAAGAUACGCUCGGAUGACACACAUGCUUACCACGCGUCUAAUAGACGCAUAUGGGGUUAUAUUUUCUUCACGCACAGGUACAGAACUAUUUACUAGUACACGAAUACGACCCACGCUCUCGCUCUUAGUCAUUAGUCUAUACAAAUUCCCUCAUGUAGAAGUAGUUCAAGUAGCAUAUCAUAGGAGGUCCAUAUUAUCUACAUAAACUUUCAUAACUACAUAAACUACCAUAACUGCCAUGUGCUUUCCAUAUCCCCAUAUGCCAACUUGUUCGGAAACGACCCGUAACCCUUAGGAGGAGAGCCAUCCCCGCGAUAGGUUUGCGCUCGUGGGUGUGCGUGUGUUUUCGUUUGGUAGACAACUAAGGUUCUUGCCUCUCGUAUAAUGAAAGUAAGUGACGCCUCGGCAGCAGCUCUUGCCAUAAUGAAUGCUGGAGGCCGGCUCAGCAGCGGGCCGCUGGUGUAAUUCGGCGCGUGCGCUUUGGCCUCGCGGCGGGGCGGGGUUUGGGCUGCUCCCUGCCCUGCCGCACCGUUCACACCCAUCAGCAUUACAGAGCGAGGCUAGGGCGCGGCCGCUAGUCACCCGCUGGAGGGUACGUAUGGGCCAAAGAUUUGGCACCUUGGGGCAUUUCAAAGGCCAUUUUUUUCGAUUUCCAAAUACCCCGAACGCCAUGCCGUGCGGGGUAUUCUGGGCACUGGUCGCUUUGCCCACCAGUGGUGGGCAAUAUUUCCUUUGCUGACAGAACCCCCAGCGGCAUGGCGUAGGGGGUAUUUGGAAAAACCAAAAAUCGCUCUUCAAAAUGCCCCAGGAAGCCUCGCCUUCCACGUCUUUCCGUGGGGAGCAUUUGGAGCAGCAUGGAAUUUGCCCAGAAGCGCUUCCCACGGCUUGCCGUGGGGGGCAUUUUUCCGAUUUUCCGGCGAUUUUGGGGCGAGUUCCUCACGUGUUGGCGUGGGGGGCAUUUUGAGCAACGUGGAAUUUGCCCAGAAGCGCUUUCCACGGCUUGCCGUGGGGAGCAUUUUUCCGAGUUUUCGGCGAUUUUGAUGCGAGCUCCUCGCCUGCUUCUGUGGCAGGUGCGGCGAAAUUCACUGGGCCGCUUUUCAUUCGGAUUCAUGUGCAAUUUCUUGGGUAUUAUAGCUCUCCCCAAUGUCUUCAAAUCGCAGUCGUUUUCGACUGCCCCACUUAAGUGAGCAAAGCACAGCCCAGAUAACUUCUUCACAAUAACACCUCUCUAUACAAGAACGCCAACUCUACUUCUAUUGUGAAAUAUCUACUACAUCUAGAUCUACAACUUCUACUUCAUCAAAAGUAUAUGUUUUUGCACACAACUACAUGAACAUGUAGAAGUUUAUCAGCACGCAUAUUAACCCACUUAUAGCGCAUUGUCUCGUUGUAAUUUUGAAAGGAUCAUCAAUAAAUCUUGCGAAUGCGACCAUUAUCCUUUUCUAUCACUCUCAAUCUCAUUGUUUUCCGUGAUAUCGUUGACGAUUUUUCUGACAUCGUCUUCUUCUUCUUCAGCAGCAUACUUCAUGAAGUUUCACCUUUUUAGCCAGCACAUGCACACUAUGACUUUUAUGGACUGAAGUGUCUCUUCCUUGGUUAAAUGCGACUAUUUUCCUAGAAGCAAGCGCAUCCUUUCCCUAACGCAAUAUAUUAUAAAUGAACGCCCCCUCUUUUUUUCAUUCUUUUUACAACUUUUGGUGCUCAUUCUUAUUUAUUACUUCUGUGAUUUUGAGGUUGAGCUAGUAGUAGAAGUACUGUAAGCGCACCAACUUGAGUUCUAUUACAAGGCACUAUUGAACUUGAACGAAUAAAAUGCUAUUACAAGGCACCAACUUGAGUUCUACUACAAGGCACUAUUGAACUUGAACGAAAAUGCUAUUACAAGACACCAACUUGACUUCUAUUACAAGGCACUAUUGAACUUGAACGAAAGUGAACUCUGCUUAAUAUUGCUGGUCUUGCGAC